AUGCAGGCGGCGAAGGCGCUUGAGGAGAAGGCGCGAGAGAGCUUACCUGCAAGCUCAUACACUACUAAUCCUAUGCCACAGAAGCUCACAUCGACCGAGCGGUCUCUGAUCAAAGGCACAACACACAAGCGCAUGCAGUCACUACAGCCAGGCAGCGUUCGCGAUCUACGCAGCUAUCUCGACAACCGCUCGCCUGAGCGGCCCUUCCUGGAUCGGUCGCCCGAGCGCUCACCAGACCGUGACCGGCCGUCGAGUAGGGGAGGGCGACCCAUCUCGCGCGACUUCGAGAGGGACUACUUCGGAAAAGAUACUACGCCUUCACCGGCUCCGCGAUUCGAGAUCAAAGACACACCUGCCCUAAGGCCCAGCAACAGGGCCAUCUUGGGCGAGAACACACCGCCGUCUGCAACCAUGAUGGCCCUACAGACCAUGUCCAUUCCUCAGCACCUUCUUGAUCCGCCAUUGUCCAACGUCACAAAAGAUACGGCACGAACACCACCACGGUCGCCGCCGGUGCCCACACCAGCUUCCGCGCCAGUUCACGGGCCGCCACCACCGCACUCGUUCGAUAACAUCUCCAGCCAGCUUCUCAGCAUCAACAACAUCGUGUCCAGUCUGCAGAAAGACAUGUCACAGUUGAGCCGGCGGAGUAAGGACAAUGCAACUGAUUUGAUCAGCCUGAAGGAAGCCACCAACACACGCGAUGAGGACAUUCGGAAGUCACUCAAGGACCUCCUAUCCACUAUGUCACAAAAGCAGCAAGCAGCCGCCAACGCCGCCAUCAACGCAGACACCUCCCGGUCUAGCAGCCUCAAUCUCCAAGAUCCCCACAUGACCCCGACAAAGCAGUUCACCUUCCCCAGAAUGACAUCUACUAGUCCUUGGGCGGAUGAACGAAUUGGCAGCCCGAACCCAUACUCAGUCGAGGGCGCCGCUAGUGUCGCCAUGUUGGAGAAGAUCAUCCGCGAGAUGGUGACAAAGGAUGGCCAGGAGCGUUUGGUUGCGAGUCUACAAAAGCUGGUCGACAAGGCCACUGGAGAGACAGCCAAGAAGGUGGCUGAACUGGCCGAGUUCGUCAAGCAGGGCUCAAUGGUGCACCCACCCGGAUCGGCAUCUUUUCAGCCAUCGCCAGGAUCGGGCGCGCUCACACGAACUCUAUCGGCUGACAGCAAGGCGGCUUAUGCCAGCCCCAAGGCUGCCGAUUUCGUGAGCGAGGAGAUGUUGAAGUUCCUACGGAAGAUCAAGGACAGUGUCGCCGAGUCCGGAUGUGUUACCAUGGCCACCAAGACGCUUGUCCAAGAACUGAGGGACGAGGUUCUAGGCAUGGGCCGUGAACUUGCCCGCAAGGUUGAGGAGGCCGAACAGGCUAGGGCAACCGAAGCUGAGUCUGGUCAGGCCACCGCGGACAUCAACGCCAUCGUCCAGGAGGGUCUUGCGAACCUGAAGGAGCACAUGGACAAGGUCAUGCGCGAGCGAAGACGACAGUCCAUGUCUUCUGUUGUGACUCGCAACACUGUCGAUAACAACGAGGUCUACGACGUUGUCAAGCAGGCACUAGCGGAGCGCGGUCUGGACCAACCAUCUGCUCAAGCUGCACUGGACAAGGAGGCAAUCAUCAGCGCAGUGCGUGAAGCUUACGACGGCGUUGAGUUGAACCCGAGUAUCGAAGUACAGCAGGUUGGUCUCGGCAGUGACGAAAUCUUGCAAUGUCUCCGCGAAGGCCUCCAAGACUUCAACGGCUCUGGUGCUGUCACAAAGGAGGAAAUCGAAACCAUGUUACACGAGUCCCUAGAGAAGAUUCAACUACCGCCUCCAAUCAACGAAGUUCAUGAGAUUCGCGAAGAGAUUCUUAUGGCUGUUCGAGAUUCUUUGGAGGAGCUGAAGCCUGCUCUUAGCACUCAGCCACCGGCUGAUGCUCUUUCCAGAGAACUGCUGGAGGAGGUCAUUCGCAACGCGCUUUCUGAACACGGUUCCGCACCCGUAAACCUCGAGCUUCCCCCAGAGACCAUCGGAGAUGCUGUUCGAGCAGCGACUGAAUCCCACAACGAAGCAGUCAUGCAGCGUCUACAGUCGAUACUUGAUGACACCCACGCCAGGUUCGAAGGCAUCUCCUCCGAUCGUGGACAGGAUACCGAGCAGGUUCUCACAGCACUUCGCGAAGGACUGGAAAGUCUUCGAACUGAACUCCAAGGGUCAGUCAAUCAACCUCGGGAGAUCACGCAAGACGGCGAGAUGAUUGAUCACAUCAAGACCGAGCUUGAUAAGCUACGCGAAGAUGUUCAGGGCUAUGUUGCUGAGGGUCCACGUGGUGACCAGGCCUGGAGCCGCGGUGACAUGGUCGCAUACCUCAAGUCGGAAUUCGAGAACCUUCACGAAAAGUUGAGCACUCAAUUCUUGCCGUCUGCCAAGGGCAACGAAGAGAUCCUGGCUGCCCUCACCGCUGGCUUUGAGGAGAUGAAAUCGCAAGUUGCGCUCCGAGCCGAGGAUGAUACCGACUCCACCGAUGAUAUCAGCGAAGCUAUUAAACAUGAGUUCGAUCAGCUCAAGGAGGUUGUCCUUGGUGACACUUCUAGCAACAAGAAUGACAUCCUUGAAAAACUUCAAGCCGGCUUCGACGGUCUACAUACUCUCAUCGCUGAGAAGGAGUCUGCAAACACACCCAACGACGCCAUGCUCGCUUCGCUGAAGGAGGAAUUCGAAAACCUCAAAGAGAGCCUGAGUGGCUCCCUCGUUCAGUCAGGUGCUACAGCCGACAAAGACAGCAUCGUUGACGCUGUGCGAGAGCUACUCGAAGGCUUGAACACCUCACAAGAGGCUACUUCAAAGGACAAUCUUGCUUUAAUUCGUACAGAGCUUGAGUCGUUGAGGGAAUCGUUCGGUAAUGCUCUUGUGCCUGCCGGCGACAAGGACAAGACCGAGAUGGUUAUGGUCAUGAAGACUGCUCUCGAUGAGAUCAAGGCUAACCUCACAUCCGCUGGCCUCAACGAAGAAAUCCUAGAGGCCUUCCGUGGCGAGUUAGAGCAGCUGCGCCAUUCUGAUGACCUGACCCGACAACACUCACGCGCUGACACGGAAGAAGUCCUGGAGGCUCUGAAACUUGGUCUUGAUGACUUGCAAUCACAUCUUGACAAGAAGCUCGAGACCAACCCUGAUCGCCAAAUGUCUGCUACUGGUGAAAUCAUCGACGCGAUGAACGAAGGAAUCGAAGGGCUUCGAGCCGAUGUCGUCAAGAUGGCCGAGAAGCCUGUCGACAUGAGCGUGUCACACGAGAUCUUAGAGACCCUCAAAGAAGGUCUGAACGCCCUGCGUGAGGAUAUUGACAUGCUCAAAGGCACUAGGCAGGAGGUGGCUGUCGAGGAGGAUGGCGCUCCAGCAGGUAACGAAGUUGCUCUAGCGGGAGUUCCGGACAGUGAAGAAUCUACAUCGCGGGAGGUUAUUGAAGAAGCAUCGCAAGAGGAGCCGCCACAACUGCAACCAGCACAAUCUGCUGAUCUGGCCAAGAUGGAGCUCAUCUUGACUCAGAUCCAGGAGAAGGUGGAUGCCAUGGACGCCAACAUGCAAACCUCUACCGCUGCCGCUGCCGCGCCGUCAGAAGCCGUCGCUGCCACAGGAUCAGCGAUGAAGGAAGAUCUCGUUGCUAUCGAAGAGCUUCUGAAGGAUGUUCAAGCCGCCGUGCUGCUUAUGCAGGACCGUGAGACUUCGCCACCUGCUCUGGAAGGCUUUGCCAAGAAGGAGGAUACUGACGCCAUCGAGACACUCCUUGCGAACACAAAGGCCAAGAUUGAGGAACUAGUCCUACCGGAUCCUGCAACUGCUGUCACCAAGGAGAACCUAGAAGAUGUUGAGCUCGUUGUUAGGACUACGUCCGAGGCUCUGGAGGCACUCGCCAAGAAGUUCGAAGACGAAGGUGCAACCAAGGCCGACGUUACAGUCAUCCAGGUGAUUGCGGACGACAUCAAGCUUGCUCUAGACGAGAUGAAGGCUGCCAAACCGGAAGAUGAGGCCAACCCACAGGCGACCAAGGCAGACAUCGAUGCUGUGACUCUGCUUGUGGACGAUCUCAAGGUCAAGCUGGAUGAUUUGAAGAUCCCAGAUCCUGAGGAGCUUGCCUCAAAGGCUGAAAUGGAACAGCUCACUGGCUUGAUCCACGACUUCCGCGAUAGCCAUGAGAAAAUGAAGGACACCUACGAAGCAGACAUUCUCAGAACGGCAGGUAACUUUGAUGCACGCAAAGCGGAGGCUACCCAGAUCGUGGAGGACAUCACUGGUGUCAAGACGGCUUUGGACGAGAUGAGGGACGAAAUCAAGACCAACCUCAUCGAAGGUGGGCCGAUCGAGAACCUUCAAGCUUCCUUCAAGGCACUAGAGGAAACCAUUGGUGCAAGCAACGUUACUGCUGAUGUGAAGGAGUUGAUGGAGAUUCUCACAAGGGAGUUCGAGCGUGCCCACGGAUCUAUCGCAGGCAUGCAGAACGAGCAUUCAGAGAAGUCUGCAUUGUACCUUGAAAAGCAUGACGAGGUCAAGGAUGCAAUCGUUGCGGACUUUACAGAACGCUUGGAGGAUAAGUUCAACACGCUCAUGGCCAAGUACGACGAUGCUCAACUUUUGGCGGAUGAGCUUGCCAAGGUCAUGAAAGAGAAGGCUGAGGAGCAGGAGAAGAUGCUCGAGAACACCAAGACUACGGCCGACGAACUUCGCUUGACCAUCGACACACUUGGUGCUACGAUAGCCGGUAUGAACGAUCGAUUCGAGGGUGUUACCACUCAGUUCUCUACCGACUCCACUACCGUCAUCGGCAAGGUCGACGAGACUCUGACAAAGUUCGAAGAGCAGAAGCUUGCAACGCUGGAAAAGCUUGAAGAGCAGAAGCUUGAGACCAUCGCCAAACUCGAGGAGCAGAAGCUCGAAACAAUUGCCAAGUUUGAAGAGCAGAAGCUGGACGACAAGGGUGAGCACUCACACACACGUGACGAGAUCAAGAACAUCGAGACCAUCUUUACCAGUCUCCAGGACAACGUCACGGAGUAUCACCCCAAGUUCAUGGUGGCAUUACACGAAAUCGAAGCUCUCGUCAAGGCUCACUAUGAACACGCUCAAAAGUCCAAGGAAGAGGCGGAUGAGAACGCUCGAGCAUGGACUGAGGAGGCCAAGGCUCGUUCCGAAGAGCUGCAAGCCCACUUUGAGAAUCUGCCCAAGCUUCUGCCUGCUCCCCCACCGGCGAUCGAGCUGCCAGAGAAGUACGAUGACGCGCCCGUUCAGGAGAAGCUUGACAAGCUGCUCGCGAUUGAAGCACCGCCCAGCUAUGACGAUGGCGCUGUGCAGGAGAAACUCGACAAGCUGCUUGCCAUCGAACCAGCGCCCAACUACGACGAUGGUGCUGUUCAUGAGAAGCUUGACAAGCUCCUGGGCCAUGCUGAUGAGGCGGGUAAGGCGAUCGGUAACCUCGAGAAGCUGGAUGAGAUCCAUGCUCAAGUCAAGGUGACUGCGACUGAGCUGAGCGAAUUCGUCGCAAAACAGACACAGUUCAUCACCGACGGUAACGACGCCAAGGAACGCGAGGCCGAGGAGCUUGCCCUGCUCAUUGAGCGCAGGACGACUCAGAAAGAACAGCUAGAAGUUGACCUGGAGAGCCUUCGGGCAGAGAAGGCUACCCAGAAGGAGCAACUCUUCACAGAUCUUCAGGAAAUGAAGGCUGAGAAGGACCGAGUUGUACAAGAGCUGAAGGAAGAGAAGGAACGUGUCAUGGCUGAGUUGCAAGAAGAGAAGGAGCGUACCAUGCUUGAGCUCAAGGAAGAGAAGGACCAGCUUUUGGCUGCUGUCGCUAGCCUUCAAGCGGAACGCGAAAACCUGGCCAACCAAAAGGUUCGACUCACAGGCGAAGUCUCCUCUCUCCAUACCGCGCUUGAAAUCCGUCGAGAAGAGCUGCACUUUAUGGAUACCAAAGCGGAUGCACUAGAGCGUCGCAUCCUGAACGGUAUCAUGGAUCAUUCCCGCGCUCUUAUGAUGACGAAGGGCGGGUCGAAGCUCAAGAAGCGUAUGAACGCAGACGCUGCAGACGAGGACAGCAAGGCGAUGCCACCUCCAAGUACCGCAGCGAAUGGUCUGUCUCUCGCGCUCAAACCUCGUCCUGCUAUCCGUCGCCCCGGUGCACCCGCCAACCCUGCACAACGUCGUAUCCUGUCGCUCAGUCAGAUCAGCGGCAACGCACCCACUGGAGCCCAGGCAUACCCUACUACCCAUACCGCGACCAACGGCAAUAACGCAAUCAAGCGCAGCCAUUCGGUGAAGACAAGCAACUACUCGCGAAAGGGUUCUUGGGGUACUCGACCUAAUGCCGCUGCUGCCAACAAGGAGAAUGAUGUGCUUCCCGAAGAAGACGAACAUGAAGCUUCAGCACCUCUCUCGCACUCUAUCAUCGAGGAAGAUAUACAGAGUGAGACCGGUACCGAGCGCCGCUAUAGCAUUGGCAGCCGCUACGAUGAGAACGACGCCGACGGCGAGACACCCGGCUAUGACGGGCGUUCCAGCUACGGUGGCACUGGCAGUGAAUACACCUACGCUUCUGGCUCCUCUUACAUGACCGGCAGCGAUAUUGAUCACGACCGCCGCACUUCAUAUGGCGCCCGCUCUACCCAAUCCGCCGCUCGAGGUGAAGAGCCCAUUGACGAAGGCUCCGAGUACUCUGAAGAUGAGGAGCCUACAGCUAUCAUUGAGCCAUCUGAUGUCAAUGCGUCCGAGAUCUCGACCGCUACUGCAGACAGCGAGGUCGACCUACCAACAGAAUCAGAUAUCGUUCGCGCGGUCGACGCUGUCAGGGAAGAGAUGAAGGACAGCUAUGCUCCACCUAGCGAUUCGGGCCUUGGUAUCGACCUGCCUACUGCCGACCUCGGCAACAGUGCUUUGGUGGACGCCGACUACUUCCGACGCGCAGCUGAGGAGGAGGCAAGCACUGUUGGCUAG